AUGCUCCCCGCCUCCCUCCGCGCCCUCCGCCGCCUGCUCCCGGCCCUGCGUCACCACGCCACGCUCUCCGCGCACCCCUCCUUCCGCGGCCCUCCGCUCCCGCUCCCCGCUGCCGCCGCCUCCGCCGCCGCCCUCCCCCUCCUGCCGCCCCUCUUCGCCGCCUUCCUCGCCCUCUCCACCUCCCACGCUCACGCUGACUCACCCGCCCCGCCGCCCCCCGACCGCACCUGGCCCUCGCUGCUCCGUCAACUCCGCUCCGUCCAAGCCCGCUCCCCCCUCCCGCCGUUCACCGCGUCGCGCCGACCUCUCCACCCAUCCGACCCCCGCUGGGCCUUCCAGCUGGAGCUGCACCCGGCCCCGUCGGCCGACCUCUACGCCCUUCUCUUGCACCUCGCCGCCUCGCUGCAGCGCACCUCCGACGACGCCCGCCCGGUCCUCUCCGUCCACGACUCGCCCACAUGCACUGUCCUCACCGUCGCCCAGGCUGACACCUUCGAGAUCGCCAUCUCGGUCCCGCGCUUGCAGGCCUGCCCCUCGUUCCGCACCCGCCUUGUCGUCGAGCUGACCAAGGCCGCCGGCCCGGACGCCACCUUCUCCGCCGAAGAGGUCGACGCCCUCGUGCGCGCGCUCUACCUCACGGGCCCCGACCCCGCAAACCACAGCGCCCAGGUCCCCGUCGCGAGGGGGAGCUUGCUUGAUGGGAAGGACAGCGUCGAUAUUGGACCGCCUACCACCCUCGACAGGUCGCGUAGCCCGCGAAGCGUGCGCCCGCACCACCACCACCCGGAGUAUGAGUAUGGCGUCGAGGCUCUGCCACACGGAGACAGCGGCCAGGCCCUGGUCGCGAAGCGUGCGCGCGCAAAGCUCGAGGAGAUGGGUGUGGACGUGUUUGACGGGAAGGACUCGGCACUCACCUGGGAUGCAUUGGCUGGGUAUGACGAUGUUAAGAAGAGCAUUGAGAACACCCUCACGCUCCCGUUGAAACACCCGGACGUUUACGAGAGCAUUGUGCGCGGGACGCGGAAGCGAUUCGAGAGUAAUUUGCCAAAAGCCGUCUUGUACGAGGGGCCACCGGGCUGCGGGAAGACCCUGUCGGCGAAGAUCCUCUCUGCCUCCAUUGGCAUUCCAUUCGUCCAUGUGCCUUUGGAGACCAUUUUGAGCAAGUUUUACGGAGAGACUACGAGGAAGCUGGCUGACAUUUUGCAAACGGCCAAUGAUCUUGGCCCGUGUCUUGUGUUCAUAGACGAGUGCGACAGCAUCGGCCUCAGUCGAAGUUCAUCGACAGAGGUGCACGAAGUAACCCGACGCACCCUUUCCGUACUCUUGCGUCAUAUCGACGGCCUCGACGGGCCGCAGAACACCAUUUUGCUCGCCGCCACUAACCACAAGGAAGACAUCGACUCGGCUUUGAUGUCUCGCUUCGACGUGGUCGUCUCCUUCCCACUACCAGACGUGGACACGCGCGCGGCUGUACUUGCAUUGUACGCCAAGCAUCUCGCGCCGGAGGAGCUGCGCACCAUGGCCGAAUUGUCCGCCGGCUUUUCGGGCCGCGAAUUGCUCGACGUAUGCGAAGAGGCAGAGAGGACAUACGCGGGGAACUUGGUACGUGAGGAAGUGCACCGUGAAGUUGCCGGACAGCUGCCCACACUCGCCGAGUAUGUCGACGCCAUUCAGAGGAAAUCGCCCCAUAUCGUCGCUAGGAUGCAGCACCCCCGCCAGAAGGGGCGCGCAACCAGCGAGGAGACGCUGCAGUCGAUGACUUUGGGGCCGAGGCCAGCGCUCGCUAUGUAA